AUGAGAUUCUUAAAGUUGUUACUAAUAAGUUUUAGUAUAAUACUGACCAUAAACAUGGUCUUUUGUUCCAAUGACAAUUUAAAAAUUAUUCGUUUACCCAACAAUACGAAACCAUUUUUUUAUAAGAUUAAUCUGAUAAUACCGCAUCUCGAGGAAAUCAACCCUAUCUUUUAUGGUGAAUCUAACAUCGAUAUCAUAAUUAAUCGUGCAACGAAAAACAUAAGCUUACACUCAAGAGGAUUAGAAAUAAAUGAAAUAGAGACAACAUUAGUUGAACACGAGCCUUAUACAUUUUAUAAACCGAUAAAACAUUCUUAUGACAAUAUAAUGAAUAUUUUAACACUUCAUUUCGAAAAUACAUUAUUUGAGGGAAUUUACAGUCUUAAUAUGAAAUUUUCCGGCAUUAUAUUUGAGAUUGAUCUUGUAAACAGAGGUUUUAUGAAAUUUCCAUACACAAAUAAAGAAGAAGAACAAGGCAUAAUGGCUGCAACAUAUUUCGAACCGAAUGGAGCCAGGCAAGUGUUUCCAUGUUGGGACGAGCCAGAGUUGAAAGCCAUCUUCAACAUCUCUGUAAUGCAUCAUCAGAAAUACUUGAUAUUGUCAAACAUGCAAAUGCAAAAGCAAGUGACGGGAAAAGAUGACAUGAUACAGACAUGUUUUGACUUUACUUCUUCAAUGCCCACUUAUCUUGUGGCGAUUGUUGUAAUCCCCAAAUGCGAUUUUUACCAUCGUUCCAAUUAUGACCAAACUGUUAACAUAUGGUGUAGUUCGUUUUUGUUAUCGCAAGUAACAUUUAUUUACAAUAUUGCUGAAAAAGUUGUACCAUUUAUGAUUCAAUAUACCAAUAAAUCCGAGGAGAUAUCCAAAAUGGAUCAUGUUUUGAUACCGAAUUUUCCGGUUGACGGUAUGGAAAAUUGGGGACUCAUCACUUACAAUGAAUUUCGUGCUAUCUAUGAUGAUAAUAAACAUUCAAUAUAUAAGAAAAUAGAAGUAGCAAAGGUAGUAACACGUGAACUUGUACAUCAAUGGUUUAAUUUGGUUACUCCAAUUUGGUGGUCUUACCUGUGGUUAAAAGAGGGAUUUACUACUUUCUUAGAAUCGUACAUCAUCGACAAGAUUUUUGAAGGUUGGCGAAUGAUGGAUCUUUUUGUGAUUAGGACCUUACAGACUUGUUUGACGAUAGAUGUUGGCUCAUUGAACUCUGUCACAUUGGUACUGAACAGUACUUUUGAUAAUAUGUCGCAGUAUUCCAUUGAACUUUAUGGAAAAGCUCCAGUUUUAUUACGCAUGUUACAUCAUAUGAUUACUGAUGAGAUAUUCCAAAAGGGUCUAAUCAUGUAUUUGGCCAGGAAUCGAUACAGCUCAACCACUCCGGAUAAUUUGUGGAGCGCCAUGCAAAGUGCUCUCGACGAAUCUGAUGUCCCGCACGACGGUUACAGAAUAAAGGAAGUGAUGGAUACAUGGAUGAACCAAAACAGUUAUCCUGAGGUGGAUGUGCAGCGAAUAAGCAGCAAAAUUAAUGACAUAAUGACAUUAUCUCAAAAAUGUAUCUACAAACAAGAAAUUAAUGAAUGUAUUAAUAAUACAUGUAUUAACAAUACGUGUACUAAUGAAUGGUACAUACCCUUAACUUUUGCUACGAGGUCCAAUCCGGAUUUUUCCAAUACUGUGCCCAAAGCCUGGUUACGACCAAAUAAAACGAUCAUCCGCCAUCUACUUAAACGAGAAGAUUGGAUUAUUGUCAAUAUACAACAAACUGGAUACUAUCGUGUCACAUAUGAUAUCUCUAAUUGGCAAAAAAUUUCAUAUUACUUAAAUUUUGAGAAUUACACGAACAUACACUUUCUUAAUCGUGUUCAAGUCAUCAGCGAUUUAUUUGCCUCUGUGCUGAAUGAACAAAUAAGUGGAUCUGUCUUCGUUAGUCUUAUAAAAUAUUUAAAUCGAGAGGAAGAUAUUAUGGUAUGGCAUUCAUUGUUCCCAAUUAUACAACGAUUGUGGAAAUAUUUUUUCCUGCCAGAGGCCGCACAUAUCAAGACAACCAUAACGUCACUCCUUGGCAGUUUUCUUCAGAAAAUAGGCUUCUCAGAAAGUUCUCAUGAUGACGAUAUGGUAAAACUGACAAGGCUAGAUACCAUAGAAUGGGCAUGUAUUCUCGGUGAGCAAUAUUGUAGGAAGGAGGCAGCCAUCAAAUUAAGCGAACAUCUCAUGAAUCCUAAUGUUUACAAAUUUCCACAAUGGAUGCAAAAAUUUAUGUACUGUGCUGGUUUGAUGACAGCCAAUAGAACUACUUGGGACAAAACACUGAUAUUAUAUCAACAUAAAAAUCUAAAAAAUGAAAAAUUUAAAAACAGUUUAAAGAAAUAUCGAAUGAGGGAAAAAUUUGUAAAACUCUUAUUAAGAGGAUUAAGUUGCGCUGAAGAUCCUAAUAUCAUUAUCAACUUUUUAAAUAUUACAGCAUUCAACCCUACAUUAUUUAACGAAAAGGAGCGUUAUUUUGCCGUUCUGUGUAUUCUUGAAAAUCAUUCGCGCAACAAUUUGAUCCUUAACUACAUAUUAAACAAUUUUGAGACCAUAAAACCUAGGUCAAUGACUACAACUGCAUUAGUAACAAUUAUUCUUUCGAAUGUUUAUUCUUAUCAACAAAUUUACACGCCAAUCGAGUGUCUGAUCUACCAUCGUAAGCUUUCGCAUAUCUGUGCUUUUUCUAGAGAGUUGAAGAGCAUAACGUUCCAUAUCAUAGGAACGAAUAGCGCGAAGACUAUAAAGAAAGAGGAAACGGACGCGGCGAGUUUAUUCAUGUCGAGUGCAUGUUUUAUCUUUUACUUCGCGUUGGUGUUCGUCGUAUGUCUGGCUAAAAAUGCUCACAUCGUGGCCAGAUGGGCGGAUAAAUUGGGUACUGAGUUAUGGGAACUCGCGAACGAAGUGGGCCGGCCCGAGGAAUUGCUAGAAAACUGGGACUCAUCUCUCCUAGAUGGUAACUUCUCCUACGUUUCCGGGAAAUGUAGUCCUGUCAUCGGUCAUGAUUCAGCAAACAAGAACUGUGACAUUCACAAGAAGAAUGUGAACGUGUUCAGAGAUAUGGAACUGAUUUCGGACUCACACUUCUAUAACAUUCCGGUAAAUACGACUUACUCAUCGGUUCAUAUACCAACCAACGUGUACGAUCUCACGCAAGAUGUAGCUGAAGACAUCGCGAGGACUGAACUGUUGGAUGAUAUAUUUCGUCAGAAUUACGAAUCCGAUCCGGCAUUGUCGUGGCAAUACUUUGGUACAGUCACUGGUGUACUUCGACAAUAUCCUGCUAUGCAAUGGCGAACGAAUCCCAAAGACACCAACGACGAUGAUGAUAACGAUAACACAAUUGAUGAUAAUAAUAAUAAUAACAAUGUUAGCAAAAAUAAUAACGAAGACAUCAAUGAUGUUAAUGAUAAUGACGACGACGAUGAUGAUUCUCCUGUUUAUCAGUACGACGACGAUGAUGAUUCUCCUGUUUAUCAGUACGACGACGAUGAUAAUUUUCCUGCUGAUCAGUACGACGACGAUGAUAAUUUUCCUGCUGAUCAGUAUGACGACGACGAUGAUGAUUCUCCCGUUGAUCAAUACGACUGCAGGUUACGUAAUUGGUUUAUCGAGGCGGCCACGUGCAGCAAGGAUAUGGUGAUCCUAAUGGACGUCAGUGGCAGCAUGACAGGCUUUGGAAAGACGAUCGCAAAAACGACAGUGAACUCGAUUCUGGACACCUUAUCGAAUAAUGAUUUCGUCACACUGCUAAAAUACAAUAACGAGACGACCGAAUUCGUGCCAUGUUUUAAGGAUAUGCUGAUUCAAGCCACUCCAGAAAAUCUCGACACAUUCAAAAAAUCCAUGGACAAAAUUGAUACAGAUAACGUCGCCAAUCUCACGGAGGCUUUCACUAAAGCAUUCAGUCUACUUAAAACUUAUCGGGAGGAACGCGGUUGUGACGCCGACUCACCAUGUAAUCAGCUCAUCAUGCUUGUUACUGAUGGUGUUCCUGGAGGAACAUUAGGGAAUAAUCUAAAGGAGGUAUUCAAAAAAUGGAAUUGGAAUGAAAAUAGUACUUAUAUACCGGUGCGAGUAUUUACAUAUCUUAUAGGUAAGGAAGCGACAAAAAUGGAUGAACUCCAAUGGAUGGUAAGAUCGUGUCUAAAUCUUGGCGACUACAAGCAAGUACAGACUCAGGAGGAAGUGCGCGAACAAGUGCUCAAGUACAUUCCAGUCGUAGCGCGUCCUUUGGUACUUCAGAGUGUGGUACAUCCUAUCGUGUGGACACAUGCUUACGCUAAGAAAAUCACGCUGCACAAGGAUAAGAACAUUGAAGAAGAUUUAUCCACCCUGAACACCACAACCUGGCAAGAAUACAGACUGUUGACUUCUGUAAGCACACCUGUGUUUGAUCGUAAGAACAAUCGCAGCAACAUGGCAGAUGCAGCGAAUGACACACUGUUCGGCGUGGCUGGCACAGACGUGCCGAUUGAUGACAUCCGCGAACUUACGUUGCCGUAUAAACUUGGCGUGAAUGGCUAUGCUUUUAUUGUAUCCAGUAACGGCUAUGUGAUAUUGCAUCCAGACCUCCGACCAGAUUACAAAGGCCGGCUUAAAUUGAACUAUAAUAGCAUCGAUCUCACGGAGGUAGAGAUAUUUGACGACGAACGCGAGCCGAGGAAUCCGGGACCCGAAUUAUUGGAGCUGAGAUCAGCACUGGUGGAUCACAAGCGAGGUAACAUGAUGGGGAUUCCCGUGAAAUUACAUUAUGAUGACAAUCGUCGGGUCAACCUUGAAAAACGUGAUUAUUUUUAUGCGCCCCUACCUGGCACUCCAUUUAGUCUUGCGGUUGUUUUAUCUAAUUAUGGAACUACCUGGAUUAAGGUCGGCGAUGAGAUUCGCAGAAAUCAGAAUAUGAAUAUGAAUGUAUCGGAUUAUUUUGUGGGCGAUUAUUGGCGCGUACAUCCUAGCUGGGUAUAUUGUCGUUACCAUUAUUUAGAAGGUCAUGAGUUCAAUAAACCGGAAGACGAGUUGCGUCAUUUUUUGGCGCUAAUGAGCCGUCCUGGUUGGCGCUGGUCUCAGCAAUAUGAAGCUUAUUCAUCUAUAGAUGAAGAUGUUGAUGAAGAAUCCAACUGUGGCAGACAAACGCUCAAGCACGAUGACUACUAUUGCAACAAAGAACUUAUGCAGUUACUUGUAUUUGAUGCCAAGGCGACAAACAACAACUUCCGUGAUGACUAUAUAGAGAAUUUAUCUCCAAGAGCUCGGGAUCUUGCACAUCACUAUGGUAUCUUUAUAAGAUUUAUCGCGACGCAAAGCGGGCUCACCAGGUGGCAUCAUCUUAAAGCCAGCAAACUGCCGAAUGUGGAUGACACUGAUGACAGUGUUGUUUUCGGUGAUCUUCAUAGACGAGCAGUGAAUGAACCUUGGUACAAAGGCGCGAUCUUUCAAAGUGAACUAGAUUCCGAAAGUAUUUCUUUAUCUGUUUCAUGGGAAUCAGGCGUGGACGCGAUAGUGACUGCUUCGAUGAGCCUGGCGCCCAAGGAUGGCGGCAAGAAAGCACCAGCGGCUGUAGUAGGUUUUCAGAUGCCGAUGAAAGAUCUGUAUAAGCGGUUCAUUGAAUUAAUCUCAGACAAUCAGACGACAAAUACGAUAAUAAAUUGCGCCCACAAUUGGAUUGAUUGUUACCUGCUAGAUCAAAACGGCUACAUAGUGAUCUCAGACGAACAUAAUAAUACCGGACAAUUUAUGGGCACUCAGGAAGGUGCCGUCAUGCUAUCCAUGGUCAAACAGGGUCUUUACAAUCCGAUCGACAUCUUUGAUUAUCAAGCAUUGUGUCAUGAGACCCGAAACGGUAACUCUGCCAACAGCUUAAUGGAACCGUUGCAACAUGUUGCAAGAUUGUUGCUCUGGUUUCUGUUGCGAUUGAUAUGGUACGUGACCCAGUUUGUAAACCUGCCCGGCAUUCAUGGCAAGGUCCACCUCGAUGAAGAUGCACCAGAUCCGCCGCCACCACCAGAACCCUAUAUUUAUUACUAUUCCUGUGAUCAAAAGCGAACACUCUAUUUGUUGAACGAGACCGUUGCUGCUAAAGGUGUCACCAAUCACUCCACUUACUGCUCGCGGCCUUUUUACGCUCAGAGAGUUGCACAUACUAAUCUGUUGCUAGUUGUGGUGGACAGCAUGUACCCAACGUGUUUGGACAUAAAAUUAGAAGUAACGCCUGUCAACAUCUCACCCCUUGAGUACAUAAAUAGCAUGGGCGACAAACCCUGUCACAAGAUUCCAUUGAACACUCUAAAAAGACGCAAGCUGAAGAAUUGCUUCACAAAACAUCCUCUGGAGCAUGUGACUUACGGUUGCGGAGCAUCUGAACUGAUGGUGUCUUUGUCAUUGUUAUAUAUCACUGUCGCUAGGAUUCUGUAUAUUUUCGUAUGACGGCAAAUUAGCCGUCCUUGGUACAUGGUAACUGUAUUGUUUUACAGUAAGUAAUAAGAUAAUAAAAAAUGAAUAAAAUAA